GCUCCUGCGGGAGGCGAGGCUCCGCCGCGGCCGCCGGGGAGGAGGACCCGGCCUCCUGCGGCCGUGCCUGGCGCUGUAGGUACGUGCGCCUUCCGUGUGUCGUUAAGAAGUGCAAGUCCAUCAGUUCCGUGCCGAGGGAGUCCGCGGGCGGCAUGGACGUCCCCCGCGAGGCCGUUUAUUCCCUCAUUGGCAAAAUCCGGGCCGACGGGCAGCUGUGGGACCCGAGGCACAGGCACUACAAGAAGAGGGCGCUGAAGAGGAUGAAGAUGGUUGACAUCAGCAGGGAGCUGCAGCAGGAGUUCCCAGGGCACGCGGAUAAGCUAACACCGGAUCACUGUUACAACAAAUUCCACUAUCUACGGAGUAACUUCCACAAGCAGCUGCGAAGAAUUCAGAAUACUCCCAGUGGAUCAAGUAAAUGGGAAUUCUUCACAGCUUGCUCAUUUCUACACCCUGCUUAUAGGUUUGACUCCACCCCAAGCUUUGAAAUGCAGCAGAACAGCAAGUCAGCUUCAGAGCCUUCAGAGGAGCUGGUAUGGGAUGGUUCUGCUCAUGAUUUGAUUGAUCCUGAAAGUGCAGAUAGGGCACCAGAGGAAGAAGUCGACCCUCUCGCCACCACUUCUGAACGGACAGGACUCCCUUCUCCAACAGACUGUCCUUCCUCAACCUCAGGUGAAUCUAGGACUCCAACACCAACCAACAGCUCAUUUAUUGUUCCAACUCCACCAAGGCCCAGGAGGAAGAGGAAACACAACACCAAUGACAUUUCACAUACCGAGGACCUGUUGAUGCAAGAAUUAGCUAAUGUACAUAAUGAGUGGAAAAAUGUGAAGCAGUUAAGUGCACCCUUGGAUCCUGUGCUAGAAUCUGUAAAGGGGUUUGUGAGGAUUUUAAAUGAUAGCCAUCCACACCUGAAGGCAAAGUUCCACAGAAAAGUUUUUGAAGCCAUGGCAGAGAUCUCACAAGAGUUUGGCUGAAACAAAGAUGUCUUUUCCUCCCUUGUGAAUUUAUAUAAUACCUUUUCUUGCCUGAGUGAAUAGUCUAUUUUCUCAUCUUCUUGUUUUUUAUGUAACUUUUACAGGAAAUAUAUUUUUAUAUUAUUAAGGUUUUUAUUUUAUUGGAUACAAGUAAAAACCAUUAACUAAAUCUUACAUAAAAUAUAGUGUAUUUUAUAAGACUGUCAACACCACUGCAUUCAGAGAGAAAAGAGAGAGAGAAAAAAUAGAAUUAUAUUAUUAAAAUCAACAUUGAA